GUGAAUUCACAGUGCGACUACUCUUCUUUCUCAUACAUAUACGAGUACUUUUUAAGUGCUCCGGAAGAAAUCGAAGCGCAAAACCAAAAACCCUUCCUAUCUGUCACCGCCAAGGGUGGGUUCAACGCCAAAAGCCUUGACAAGAGCUGAAUAGGGAUUGGAUGGUAAUUAUUGCAAUCAAUUGGCAAAAUUACUGUAAAAUGAGCUAAAACAUUGCUUAUGCCACCUAUUCGAGGGAUGAGCAAUUGGUGCAUCUGGUAGUCUGUUAUUACUUCAUUAUCCUCAUACAUCUUGCAAGAAUUGGUUUCCUUAAAGAGUCGAUAAGCUGGAAUAGCACGUGUAACAAUAGUCUCUGUGAGGAACCCUUUUUUGACUUGAAGCUCCUACAGUUUCUCCUCAGUUUAUUUGGCAGUGAUGUAAUCUUAAGAAAAUGGCCGAAUUGUGGAGCAUCACGCCUGGCAACAAGCUCAGUUUUUUGGAUUUCUAGUUCUCGUAGGUUGCUAGUUGCAAACAUGUGGAAGCUUUUCACAAAUGAAAUGUUUAAAAUCAAUUGAAGGUUUCUGUAAUUUAUCUGGAGUUGCUCUAUUAUGGGUGAAUCAUUUACAAUUCAGAUCAGCAGCAACUUAGUCAAACAACUUCUAGAUGAUGGUGAGAAGUCGAAGAAGAAAACAAGGAAACCGAAAACAAAGGUACCACGGGACCCACAACCAUCCCAAACCAAGGUACAUCAGAAGCAGUUUUCAGAUGAUUCUGACAGGAAAAGGACUGAAGCUUCAGGAUGGCCACUUCAACCUCCAUUGUUCUUGCCUGUAUCCCCUCCUCCACAAUUGGCUAAUUCAGAGUUAGAUGCCAUUCGAUCUGUUGCUCAAGGGUGUGAGAAGACUGUGGAGAGGUUGCAUAAGCAGGAGGAAAACAUGUUGCAGGAAUUAACCCAAAGAGCCAAGGAACUCCGUGAUAAAGAGUUCAAACUUCCAUCACAGAAGCCCAUAGCCUGCGUGGCUGAGAAAGAUGCUUGCUUGGACUGUUACAAGGAACAUGUCAAAGACCCCCUGAAAUGUGCCCAUUUUGUUGAAAAAUAUGCAGACUGUGCUCGCAGAGUUAGGCAACAAGCGGAUUCAGCAGAUAAGUAGGCUACCCUAAAUGAAUCUUUUUGAAUUAAUGCCUGGUUGGAACGACGCUUUUUUGAAUUUUGCUGUGCAAAAUAAACCAAACUCUUGAACCUUUGGCCCAAUCUUUGGUUGCAUGUUGUUCUUAUCUGCACCUCAUGAAAUCAUUUUACACUUCUUUACAUCUCUAAACGAUGUCCGCAUUUACUGAUGUUAGACUACAUUGUUUAUAAUUUCAAACAAGUCUGAUGUACUUGGUCCUACCAUUAUCUUCUAGAAGAUUUUUCUAUGACCUUAUUGCAUAAUGUACCCCAGGGGAGAAUGCUCCCCUUUCAUCA